AUGACGAUUCAAAGCCGUAGUGGGACGACUUCUUCUUCCUCAUCCUCCAUUUCUAUCUUGUCGAUUAAUUUCUCUCAGGUAAGAUUCAUUGAUUUUCCUCUUAGAUCGCUUGAAUCUAUCAUGUUGACGGAAACACCAUUUAGGCCAAGAGAGAAGCUUCUGGAGAAGCAGAGGUUGUUCCAGAGCAUCCACAGGCACACUUACCUCAAAGGACCCAUGGACAAGGUCACCUCCGUUGCCAUUCCUCUUGCCUUGGCUGCUUCUUCUCUCUACAUGAUUGGAACAGGAAUCUACAACAUGUCCAAUGGAAUCGGGAAGAAGGAAUAA